AUGGUAACACUCACCGAUGAUGCUGACUGCACUGCCGGCGAAGCGUCUGAGAAUGUGAGUGAGGACGAGGCUGUUCGACGGGCAAAGCGUCGAGAGAGGAAUCGCGUUGCAGCAGCUCGAUGUCGUCAGCGUCGGCAGGAUCAGAUCGAAGGACUCCAGGAGCGAGUGAAUGCAUUAACACGAGAUGGCGAUGAAAUGAGGAGCCGCUUACACAGCCUAGAUCUUGAGAAGGCUAGACUCUCCGAGCUAGUGAAGGAACACAGUGUAAGCGAAGAAGAAUGUGUAAUGUGA